UCCUCUUGCCAGAUGGAUAUUCAACGCUCCCGUGAGCUCCUGCAUAUGUCUGUCUAUUCUCAGAGUGUCUCUCCUUGUGGCAAGUACUUAGCUGCUGGGAACAACUUUGGAGAGAUUGCCAUAUUCAGCCUCUCAGCAGCACUGAGUUCAGAGGCCAAGGAAGAGAGUAAGAAGCCAGUGGUAUCCUUUGCAGCUCACGAUGGGCCCAUCUAUGCUAUGGUCUCCACGGACCGGCAGUUACUGAGUGCUGGUAAUGGUGAAGUCAAGGCCUGGAACUGGAGCGAGAUUGUGAAGAAGGGUUGCAAGGAAGCCUGGAGCAGGAGGCCACCUUACGGGAACAGCCUGGAGGUGCCAGAAAUCAAUAGCCUUCAGCUCAACCUGAAGGAUAACAGUCUUCUAAUGGCUGGGGGAGACUGUGCUAUCCACAUGAUGGAUUUGGAGUCCGGAGCCUUUACUCGUGAAUAUCGGGGCCACACCGAUUACAUCCACUGCCUGGCACUUCGGGAUCAGCUUCGAGAGUGCCUGUCAGGAAGCGAGGACGGCACCGUGCGCCUUUGGGAUUUGCGUGCUGGGGGUCAAGUGCAGUGCAUUGAAGUGCAUAAAUAUGAGGAAUGCAGCCGGCCGCAGAAUGGGAAGUGGAUCCGUUGCCUGGCAACAGACUCUGACUGGAUGGUGUGCGGUGGGGGCCCAGCACUCACCCUGUGGCACCUCCGGUCGGUCACACCCACCACCGUCUUUCCCUUGCCACAGUGUCAGCAGCAGGUCAUGUUUUACCAGGACCUGAUCCUCUCUGCUGGCCACAGCCCAACCAUCAACCAUUUGCAGAUCAGCGGGGAAGUGAAGGCCCAGAUCCCCUGCAUCCCUCGUUGCGUAUACUCUCUUUCCAUCAACGAACAUUCACCAGAGCACAAGGUGCUUACAGCGGCUGGAAGCAGUCACCGGAUUGAUGUCUUCACCAACUUCAGCUACCGGGCCUUUUCUCUCACCUUCACCUAGUGUUCUCCCCUGUU